AUGAAAAUUAUAAUUACCCCAGAGAAACCUCUUGUCAAUUUAUUCGAAUGUAAAUUUCCGAAAGAUCUUCGGGAAGCAUUAAACAAGUGGGAUUUAUCCAAUAAUUCUCGAUUCGAACAAUUUCAAGUGAUGAUUGAAGAAGAUAAAUACAAUUCAUUGAAUGAUGAUGGCGAUUCUUCAAGUAAUGCCUCCACAAGGGAAAUUCUUUUCAAAAAGUCCCUUAAUCAAGCAGAAACCAUUCGGGAAUUGGCAUUGCAAUAUUUGGCACAAGUAGGAAAGGAGGAUUUGGGAGAGGGGUUACGUGUUGAGAAAUUGAAUUGUCAUCUCACGGAUAUGAGUUUCAUUCAGAGAGAAUUUAUGACCAAUGAAGAGUGGUUGUAUUCCAAUUCGUUGAAUACACGAAAAUGUAUGGAUGAACAAAUUGAUUACGAGUUGUAUGUCUCUGAUGAAUAUCGAAAAGCAAUGGCCUAUUUGUUGUGGAAAGAGGAAUGUUUGUAUUAUGCUGGACCUCUUCGAAUUGAGAAUUGUAAUUUAAAGGAUUAUGGAAUGGUGUCAGCAGCGUCAAACAGUGAGAAUGAUGACGUGAAUACAGACUCUGUGGACGAUGACAAUGGAAGCCACUUCAUGGAUGCAUGUUUUCAUGAAUUAUUAACCAACAUUCAUGCACGACUUGUCAUUGGAGGAAGAUAUGGGCAAUAUGAAGACAAUGUUACUCCUUACUUUAACAUGACCAAAGAAUUGUACAAGCAAUUGGUGUCCGUGACUAAAAAGAAUGGAUUCGAGGAUUCGAGUGGUGACAAGAAUCAUGGGAUUCACGUAUUGUCUAGAGCAUUCCUGUGUCACCUGCCAGCCUGUCGUUCAAGUCAAAAUGUAGAUCGCUCUUUCCUCAUACUUGUUGUGGAUCCUUUGAAGAAGUGUAUCAGAACAUGGCUUCAUGAGGAAUAA